GGAAGUUCUUGCAACUCGUCCGCUGGUUGCAUGCAGUCGCGCAUCGCCCGACAUGGCUGCGGCAGACAAGGGGCAGCCCACAGAAAAGCUUAUACGCGUGCACGAUGAGCCUGGCGCGGUGCAGUUCACGUACAGAAGAGCCGCCGCCCUGAGCUUCUCCCUCGGCACGGGACUCGCUGCCAAUGGCGCCGCCGCCGCCGACGGCCUGCUAGCCGUCGUAGACGAGCGCGUGCAGAGCGUGCAGCCUGCAGUGCCACCAGCUCUAGAGGAGGAGCUGGAGGACUUCAUCUCGCUGGAUGCGCCGCCAGCAGCAGCAGCAGCAGCAGUAGCGGCAGUCCAGCAGCGACCAAGCUCAGCAGGGGCGGUGGGAAGCUUGCUAGACGACUAUGUGUCUUUAGGCAUUUUGGACAACCCGGCAGCGGCAGGCGCCGCAGCGGCAGGCGCGCCUAAGCCGGCAGGCAGCACCAGGCCGCAGCCGCUGAAGCGAGUGCCAUGGAUGGCGGCGCUGAAGGGCAUCCGCAGCCCACUGCUGCGCCUCCACCAAGAGAUCGUCGAGUUCUGCCGCUACCUGGCGCCCUCGGCGGAGGAGCAGGCGCAGCGGCAGGCGGCCAUGGACCGCAUCGAGGCCGUCGUCACCAGCAUCUGGCCCAAGGCCCGGCUGCAGGCGUUUGGCUCCUUUGCCACAGGGCUGUACCUGCCCACCUCUGACGUGGAUGCGGUCGUCAUGGGCAGCGGCUGCGCCGAUGUGCCGCAGGGCCUCAAGGCACUGGCUAACGCGCUGGCCCGCAAGAACAUGGCCAAAAACAUGCAGGUGAGGCCUUCUGGCUGGGUUCCUGCUGAUGCGGAGAGCGGGUACAACUUUGACAUUUCGUUUGACGUGGCCAACGGGCCCGAGGCCGCCGAGAAUGUGCGGGCGCUGAUGGAUGCGCUGCCGCCGAUGCGGCCGCUGGUGAUGGUGCUCAAGGUCUUCCUGCAGCAGCGGGAGCUGAACGAGGUCUACUCUGGCGGGCUGGGCAGCUAUGCGCUGCUCGUCAUGGUGGCCACAUUCCUGCAGCUGCACCCCUCGCGCCAGCCGCCAGGUGACUGCGGCCGCCAUCCAUGCUGCCUGCUGCCAUGUCUGGAGGGCUGCUUGGGCGUGCUGCUCGUCGACUUCCUGCGCUUGUAUGGCCGGGCACUGAACAAUGUGGAGGUGGGCGGGGCUGUGAUGUCGCUGAUCUGCAACUGUCUGGAUGCGGCCACUGAGUCCUGCCAUUCAUGCCCGCAGCCGGACCGCCCCUUCUUGUAUUCUGUGGAGGACCCCAACGACCCCACCAACGACCUGGGCCGCAACAGCUACAACAUCAGCAGGGUGCGGGGCAUGGGCAGCCUCUUUUUGGGGGGCCUCUUUGCCAUGCACGCGCCAGGUUGGCGGGCUUGGGAAACAAGCCGUCGUGCAGUCCUGGCAGCCUGCAGUGAAGCUCCCAGCCUGACAUGCUGCCUGCCCUGCCUGCCACAGGUACGGAUGGCUUUUGAUUGGGCCUACUGCCAGAUCAUCGCGCCCGCGGAGCUGGGCACGUCGCUGCUGCAGCGCGUCAUCCGGUGA